AUGACAUCAAAGCCGUCAUCACUAGGACCCAAUGCAACACAGGCAACACAGGCAACACAGGCAACACAGGCAACACCGGCAAAGCAGGCACGAUCCAAGAAGGCUGCCACUCCAGGCCACACUAAACAAGGAAGAGGAUCAGCAGGCGGAUUGAUGUUACCAAAACAAUCGCCAGGAAAAGCUCCAGUGUCAUCGACAAAGAAGGUUGCAGCGGCACCAAGUACAGAUGACGUUACCACAGCGGGCAUAAAGACACAGAAAAAGAAAUCUAGAAAUUUGAACAAGGAGCCCACGUCCACAUCCGCAGACACUGCAAAGUCUACUACCACGAGCAAAACUUCAGCAGACAACCCCUCGGCUUCUGAGUUGGAUGCUCUCAAGUCUCGCGUCAGAGGCUUGGAAGCUAAAGUCGAAGAGCUCUACAAGGUAGGUGCUAUUCCCGACAUCCGACCCGGUCGCUCGCCUCGUCGACGAGGAAAGGGUCGGAAAGCCUCUUCUGCAGCGCCGGUUCCCAUGCCCAGUACUACAGCCAACGAGAGCACUGCCGGAGUGCAGGAACUCGACGACAAAGAUGAAGAAGAAGCAGACGAAGAACUCGUGCGUUUCGAAGGCGAACUAGAAGUCGCAAGACAAGACUUGGAAUAUUAUCACUCCCGAACCAGACGUACCAUAUCAGGUGACACAAAAGGUAUCGAAGAGAUAGAUAGGAGUGCAUCAGGAGUAAGCAGCAGCAGCGGUGGUGGUGGAGCAGAUCGACAAGUCACCCUGUCAGGCAGCUACUGUAUCCCCAUCCCCACAAACGUCAAUCUCGAAGACAUCAAGACCAUAAAAUCAGGUGUCUCGGCCGCCCAAAACGUAGCGCGAUCUUCCCUCGAACAACGACGCGCCGCUGCUGCUGAGAAUAACCCUUCAUCACCGCAUUCUAGCGCCAAGGCUACAAAGGUGCCUGCGUACAAGUUCACCACCGCUCAGCCCAAGCCAAAAAGGAGCAUGAGUUCGAAUAUGGAGAUUGUAGUGGAUAAUAGUGAUGGCAAGCAGAGCUGGAGCGAGUGGAUCGGGGGAUAUAGUAUGGCUAUUACGAGGGCGGUUAGUAAGAUCGAACAUGAGGUUGCUGUCGAGGCGCAGAGGAGUGGUGAUGGCAUUAGUGGUGGAGGAGGAAGUGGGAGUGGGAAUAUACCUACAGCGGGUGCGAGGAGAAUGAGUGCGCCUACGUCUAAGAAGGCGGCGGUGAAGAGACCGGCUGCUACGGCUACGUUGAGUGGCGAGCAGGUUCAUGGGUUGAUGAUUUAG